UGUUCUUCAUGUGUUCUUGUACGCUUGCGCAGUAGUAAAAAACAUGGUAGAAGGGGUAGAAAAUCAGUGGUGGGGAGCCCGAAAGCAUUGAAGCAACUGAGGAACUCUCUUCUCAGUCCGACUAUAUAUGAAGAUAUUACAAACGUGAUAUUAAAAUUUAAAUGCAUCAUUUUUGAAUUGAUAACAAAAAACUACAAACAAAACAUUUAUACAAAUUAAACACGCCAAUUUUAGAGAUUAAUAUCUGGUAUUAAUAUCAGAGAAUUAAACUGUCAUAAGCUAUGAACCGACUAAAAUCAAUUGUGGAUUUAACUCGAAGGGGUUAUAAAAAUAUAAGUAGAAAUCAAUCAUUAUCAUUGAGAAAAAAUAAUAAAGUUAAUACCGAAAAGCAGUUAUACAGUAAUUUCGAAGAAUCUGACUUGGAUAAUCAUGAAGAUGAAGUUGAUCUCGAACAUUUGGAUGCUGAUUUUAUGGGUGCCGGGGAAGUUUAUAAUGAACACAAGAGAGAACUUCGAUAUAACAAAGAAUUAUUGAAGAUGAGAAUUACUGCAAGCAAAUAUUUUAAAACAAAAGAACCGAAUUUUUUAACUUGGUCUGAAAGGAGUCAAAUAAAAAAUCUACAUGAUAAAGACAAUCAAGAAUGGACACCUGAAAGAUUAAGUACAGCUUUUCCAGCUCUACCUGAAACAAUAAAGAAAGUAUUAAAAUCGAACUAUAUGCCAAAAACAGCUGAAGCAGUUAUUAGAUAUGAUCAAAAUGUUGUAGAUAAUUGGAAUCAAUUUAAAGCUGGAAAUUUAGCAUUAAGUCCACAACUAGAAGCUCAUUUGCAAAAAUUUAAAGAUCGUAAUAUUCAAAUAACAAAUUUAAAAACUAUUGCAGAAAAAUUUGUAAAACCUAAACCAGUUUUUUCAUCACCAAAUUGUACUAUGUUUUCAAGUAUUGUUAAAGAUUAUACAGAAUCCAAAUGUAUUACAGAUGAAAAGCCAUCAUUGCAAUUAAAUGACGGUACAGUUACAAAUGAUAGUACAGUUAGAAAUGAUACAACAAGUAGCGAAUUAGUGGUGCAAAAUGCCCAUAAUAAUGUUAAAAGAGAUUGGAAAUAUGCUACUAGUGAUAUAUUUUUAGAGAAAAAAGUUAAUGAAAUUACCGAUCAUUCGAAUUUAUCUGUGGAAGAUAAAUUCUUUUUACAAGAAUAUAGAGAUAAAAAAAAUAAGGAAAGUAUAAUUGAUUCUGAAGAAUUAAUUGUCACGAAACAAGACAAAACAUUAGACUUAAUUGAAAAGACUGAGAUUACAGAGUCUCCAGUUAUAAAUAAUGAACCACUACAGCCUCACACUAUGCAAGAUAACAUCUCAAAACCACAAGUUAUGCAAGUAUCAUUAGACAAAAUUGAAACUUAUAAAAACAGUUUGGAUACAGGAAUUAUAGAAUGGAAAAAAAAGAGUGCUUUAAGUGAAGAAGAGAAUUAUCCUAAUUAUAUUAAAGUUCCUUAUCGGAAAGCAAAAAAAGGAGUUUUAUUUAGAGUAAAAGAUCGUUAUUAUGAUUGUGAUGGCGAAUUUUUAUAUCGUGUACCUGGACUUAAAACGUAAAUUUUAAAUUUUAAUUAAAUAUUGUAUAAAUAUUAACAUUGUUAUUAAAUAUAACUUGAAACAAA